AUGUACGAAUCGUCGGGCCGUGGCGGUACGCGCGGAGGCCAGGCGGACUUUUCGUGGGAUGUCGUGCGUGAGGACAAGCACCGCGAAAACUAUCUAGGCAACUCGGUCGCCGCGCCGAAAGGGCGGUGGCAGCAGGGCCGCGAUAUCCAGUGGUACAACCGCGAUGCGAGCGUAAAAGACAAGGAGGCCGCUGCCGAGAAGCGCCGCAAGGAGCUGCUCGAGGUGAAGCAGGCCGAGCAGGACGCUAUGAACGAGGUUCUCGGCGGCGCACUGAGCGGCGCACCGAGUGUCGGCUCGGCCCUCGCCGAAGGUUCGCACGACGCGCCGGCGCGUACUGGCGCCAACGCCGCACCGAUCGACCCCUCCAAGCGACGAUACCCCCCGCCUGACGCAGAGUCGCGUGAGGAACGCAAAGCGCGGCACGAAGAGCGCCGCGCACGGCAUGAAGAGCGGCGUGCGCGGCACGAGGAGCGGCGUGCGCGGCAUGGGCGGCACGAGCGACGCGAGCAUUACGGUGAGCGCCGCGACGACCGCUACCGCGACGACCGCUAUCGCGACGAGAGGCACCGUGAGGACCGUGACCGUGACCGUGACCGCGGCCACCGUGACCACCGCGACCGCCGCGACCGCGAUCACCGCUACGAGCGCCGCCCGCCCUCGCCGGGCGUUCGCCCGUCCGAGCCUACGCGUGAACGUUCCCCCCCCGUACUCGAGUAA